AAGAUAAAGAUGGAGAAAUAAUUCUUAGUUAUGGGAAAAUAAAUCUUUUCAUAAGAAAUAUCAAAGCUCCAGAAAUGAAUGAAUUAGGUUCAAGAAUAAUAUUUAAAAGUAGUGAUGAAUUAGGAAAUUUAGGAAAUGAAUUAACUUCAGAGCAAAAAGAUCCAUUUAUUUUUGGAGAAAAAAAUUUCAAAGAAAGAAUAGAUAAUGAAAAAGUAAAAAUUGAUGAAAAAGAACAAGGGAGAUGGGGAUGGGAUUUUGAAUAUGAUAAAACAUUAAAUUAUGAAAAUGGUAGUAAUAGGAAAUGUAGAAUAAGUUAUGAGGAAAAUAAAAGAGAGAGUGAAAAUAUAAAACGUGCCAGAUUUGAUGAAUCUGGUGGUGAAUGUAGUAAUACUAAAAAUGUUAAUGGUUUUGGUAGUCAAAAUAUGCUAUUAAUUUAUAAUGAGGCUGGUGGUGGUAGUGGUAGAAAUUCUGGAUCAGGAGAUAAUUCAACUAGUAGUAGUUUGGGUACUGGAAAUACAGAAGGUUCAGGAAAUAGUACAAGAUCCAAUCUAACAAAUGGGACAAGUACUAAUAAUCCAACUGGUAAUUCUGGAUCUGGUUUAACUCAAAAACAAAAAUUAGCUUUGGAUGAAAUAUUCAAAAAUCUUCAAAUGCAAAGAACAGAUAAUGAUGACAAUGAUUUAGAAGAAUUGAGAAAAGUUUCAAGACAUCUUGCAGAUUUACUUAAUAUUGAAAAUAUUAAUAAAAAACAAAUUUAUUAA